CACACGGAAGAAGAGGAACCGAAGCUUACGUCCGACGAGAGAAGAUAGGCGAGGAAGGGAAUGGAGUAUACGAGGGACGAGUACGGCAACCCGAUCCGCACGGACGAGUACGGCAACCCGCUGCCGGUGAACCAAGGGUAUGGAAUUGGCGCCGGCGCCGCCACCAAGGAGCAGCACCACUGUGGCGGCACCGGUGGUCUUCACCGCUCCGGCAGCUCCAGCUCGUCUGAGGACGAUGGGCAAGGGGGUCGGAGAAAGAAGAAGGGAUUGAAGGAGAAGGUCGCGGAGAAGCUGCCGGGUGGGCACAAGAGCGAGAAGGGGCACAAGGAGCCGGAGACCGGCACUGGCACUGGAGAACAGCACGAGAAGAAGGGAUUGAUGGAGAAGAUCAAGGAGAAGCUGCCCGGCCACCACAAGGAGUAGAUCAGCUGACAUUGUGGUCGUAAACUUAGCCGUUUAUUCCUUGUGUUGUGUUUAUGUUAUUGUCUACAUCUUGUAAGAAAGUAGAAACUGUUCGUCUCCUUCCUGUUCAGACGUUUGGUCCUCCUGAAGUUUAAAUUUAGAGGUUACAUCCGUUUCGGUAUUA